CAACAUACAAAACCUCUUCCUUCCAAGAAUUUUCUUCUUCUUAUUUUCUCCUUGUCUUUCUCUCAAUUCAUGGAGAUAUACUCUCCUCUCCUCUCCACUCCUCUCUACCAUUUCCCCGUGUGCCAAUUGAUUUGUGCCAACCCUCCCUCCCUUGAUUUGAUAUCAAGCCAAGACGAGUGACAGAAAGCUUGUUUUAUUUCUCGAUAUCGGAUUGUUUGUUGAUCACGAUAAGCUUCAAUUUUGUCUUGACUUUGUCAAUUGAGAGGGAUUGAAAAGCUGGAAAGAUGGCGGCACUUGAGAAGGCGCUUCCGAAGCCGAAGAUUGAGCUGUAUAGUGGACAGUAUUUCCUUGCGUGCGGUCUGGGUGGGAUAAUAGCCUGCGGCCCAACCCACACAGCCGUCACCCCCCUCGACCUCGUCAAAUGCCGCCGACAAGUCGACUCCGCCCUCUACAAAUCCAACACCCAAGCCUGGCGCACCAUCUACCGAUCCGAAGGUCUCCGCGGCGUAUUCUUCGGCUGGUCACCCACCUUCGUCGGCUACUGUUUCCAGGGCGGUGGAAAAUACGGUUUCUACGAGGUCUUCAAGUACACGUAUGGCGAGAAGAUGUUCCCGGGGAUGAAUCCCACGGCCGUGUUCCUGGCUGCGAGCGCGAGUGCCGAGUUCUUGGCCGAUAUUGCGCUGUGUCCGUUUGAGAGUAUAAAGGUUAGGAUGCAGACUACGCUGCCGCCUUUCGCACAUAGCUUGAGGGAGGGUAUGGGGAAGGUUAUUAAGGAGGAGGGGUAUGGAGGCCUCUACAAAGGUCUCUACCCCCUCUGGGGUCGCCAAAUCCCCUACACAAUGGUCAAAUUCGCCACCUUCGAAACCACCGUCAACGCCAUCUACAGCUACCUCGGCAAGCCCAAAUCCUCCUACAACGGGCUCCAGCAAACCGGCGUCUCCUUCCUCGGCGGCUACAUCGCCGGCAUAGGCUGUGCCGUCGUGUCUCACCCCGCAGAUGUCAUGGUCUCGAAACUCAACUCGGAUAGGAAGAAAGGUGAGGGCGCGGGGAAGGCGAUGACGAGGAUUUAUGGGAAUAUUGGGUUUAAGGGGUUGUGGAAUGGCUUGCCGGUUAGGAUUUUGAUGAUUGGGACGUUGACGGCGUUUCAGUGGUUGAUUUAUGAUAGUUUUAAGGUUGGGUUGGGGUUGCCUACUACGGGGGGUCAUUGAGGUUGGGCCUGGUUUGAGG